AACAGCUUGGUGGACCAAACUCUCACAAGUCAAGCCUGACCUCGGGCCGGGCUUGGGGAGUAGAACAACUCACAGAACCCCAUCAGCCAGGUAUCAACCAGGUAAUGUGAAACUCAUAGUAAUCAUAUGCUGUAUAUACAAAGAAAUAGAGGGGAGGAAAACAGCAAAAGGCAAAAACACUGGAAAACUAUGUUUACUACCAGGGGUAACAGUGUAGAUGGGGCAAAAAUGAAAUGAGACAAAAUUAUUGUAAUAUGAAGUGUAGCUAAUAUCACGAUUAUUGGAGUAGAUACGGAUGAUUAAUGUAGUGUCUCUUUGGGCAUCUCCCUGGGUAAUUCCAAACACCAUACAGUUCUAUACUUUUUCAGUGUUGAAUGUUAAUGUGCAAAAAACUGAUUUGUUAGAUUGUGUAUUUUUUAUAAAUACUGUACAACUGGAUCAGCCAUACUGAGGUAGUAAUGAAGAUCUCUGAAUAAUGAAGAAAUGAAAGAGAACCCCAUACAAGACUGAAGUCACAUAAUGCACUUCACUACAAAAUUAAAUGGUAAGUAACUUCUGAUUCAGUAUUUUUUUUAAGACUAUGUACAGUACCUUGUACAUUAAAAAUUUAUAAAAUUAAAACUAGAUGAUACUAACUUGUUUAGCCCUUUUGUUGCGACCUAAUGUUUUCAACCAUGUUCACUCCAAGGAAUGAAAUGCGGCUUACCCAAAAAAAAAAAAAUUAAACUUGUAUAUUUCUAAAGAAAAAAUAACAGAACUUUCCAGUUACAGCAUUAACAAAAUAAAAAACUAGAAGACUUUGAGGUAGGCAAAAAUAAAACCCCUAAAAUAUCUAAUUUCAAGCCCCCAAUUUUUGCAUAAGAAAAUCUGGUCAGAGCAACACAAAACCAGGGGUAUGUAUAUAUCCAGGACAUAGUUAUACAUUCAUAAUUUGGGUCAUAGCUGAAAUGUCCCUGAUUCAAUUCCUGCAGCAAGACAGAAGCAUUUGGGCAAUGUUUCCUUUCACCUGAUGGCUCUGUUCACUUAGUAAAUAGGUACCACAGAGUUAUGCAACUGUUGAGUGUGUCAUCUUGGGAAACAUCAAUAAUUGGCCUCAGUGGACCUCAAUAAGCCUAACACACUUCCUGACUCAGACUGCGGGGAACUAUAAUGUGACGUACAGUACUGUAUAGUAUAUAUCACCAAAAAUCAUUAACAAUAUUUUUAGGAUACAGAAUAAAAAUGAAUUUUAUUGCCUUUCUAUAAGAUGCAAAAAUAAUUUGAGUACAGUGUACCUCUAUAUAAGGCCAUGCAUGUUCCAAUUGUACAGUAUGCUACACUGUACUGUCAUAAAUACAACACACAAACAUGCAUACCAAGAAAUUCUAUGUAUUAAUUCUUCCCCUCUUGUUUCACUACUAUGAUUUGUGUGUGUUUUUUCUUUUAUCUAACAUGUUUCUUUACUUUUUAGAUAUAUUGCCAUCAUGAAUAUAAAAUGCUUAUCAUAUUGAACAUAUAUCAUUAUAGGACUCCAGAAGAAAAUAUUUACAUAAAAAGAUUGUUUUCAAGCUAGUAAAUUGACUACAAUACGCUUAAAUAAAAUAAUAAAUAAACAAAUAUAUCUAUACAUACUGUAUAUUAUAUACAUAAUUUGUCUACCAUGGACAUUACAUUUUACAACAUAUAAAAAGAACAUACCAUAGCAUUAUUUAAAAAAAAAAAAAAAUAGUACGAGGUGUGAAGGAAACACAUAUGGUGCCUUGGGUACAAUUGCUUGUGGUAGCAUUAAAUUGUCACCAACAAGUGACAGUCAUAUCCAAGUGCCUGCUUUAUAAGUCAAAGGACCUGGUUGAACAUUACAUGAUUUGGAAGUAUUUUUCUAGGUAUCAUGGAUGGAAGUCACAUAUUAUAGCAUAGGACCAUUUUUAUGGCUUUGGCUGCUAAUGCUUAUUGCAACAAAAGGGUUAAGCAAUGUUGUUAUACAGUAUGUAUUUGGUUUCUGUUGAGUUUCAGUGUACAGUAAACCAUUUCACUUAAUACAGUGUAAUAAUGAAUGAGUCAUGUUAAUAUCUAAGAAAUUAGCUAUUUUUCAUGUUAAAAUGUAGUUUCAUAAUGUAACAUUUGAAUGAAACAAUCCUUGCUUAAUCUAGAUAUUUUAUCAUCACAUUUAAUAAGUUUUGUAUUACUGUAAUAAUGCUUUUGUUCUAGGGCGAUGAUGACAAGCAGUUGCCCGUGUCGAAGACCAGGUACAUCACCAUGGAUGACAUGCAGCGUUUGACAACAGCUGCUUGUGCUGAUCUGGAAAGGUUAGCAGCAGCUGCAGCCACAAUGGGCUACUCUUCAGACUCUCUUCCUGUGCCUGCUCAUCACUUGUCAAGUGCUGUGCCUCCAAGUACCUUGGCUCCUACAGUAGUGCCACAAUAUCCAGAUCCAUACGACCUUUCUCGAGCACAGCAGUACGCAGUAGCAAGGCUUAGUGAAUAUCAACCUCGGACUGUAUAUGAGCAAUCUCGAGCUCCUCACCCUGCAACAACACAGCAUCAACACAUCAUAACCCCUUCUCAUGCUCAUACAUCUUCAAGGAAUUCACAAUAUGCUGUGGACCGAUCUAACUUUAGCCACGUGAGCAAUAGGUCACAACAGUAUACAACUGUUACUGCAUCCAGUAGUAAUUCUGCUGUUCCAGAAGGCAUUCAGUAUACUGAUACAAAGCCUGUUAGUGUUAAUAGUGGAAUUGCACUGACUCAGCCAUCUUUGAUACCAUCAACAGGAACCACCAGUUCAGUUACUCAUGCUGUAAUGCAUUUUGUCCAGGAUGGUUUGGCAUUAUAUUCCUCAGGAAAUGUACCUACCCCACCUCAGGAAAAAAAGAAAAAGAAAGAGAGAAAAUCAGAGGGAGAAUCCAAAGAAAAAAAAGAAAAACUUAAUACUGAUGUUGAAGUGUUAGGUGAAGGUACAAGUGUAGAAGGCGAAGCAAAAAUUAAUAUUACUGAAAUUCCAGAGCCUGUUCUUAUAGAUGGUAGAAAAUACUAUGUAUGCAGUGUGUGUGAUGUAAGAUUCCUUCGAAAAUACCAAUUUAGAAGACAUCUCAUUGCACAUACAGGUGAGAAACGUGGUGCUCUAUCAUUAGAGACAAAAGUGGAAAUUAUACGUCGAAUACAAUCAGGAGAAAAACAAGUUGAUUUGGCUAUGGAAUAUAAUGUUGGGAGGUCUACUCUUAGUUUCAUUAUGAAACAUGCUGAAAAAUUUCUUGGUGUAUGGAAAAAUGGAAAGUUUCAUCCAGACAGUAAAAGAUUACGGGGAGCACAAAGGGAAGAUGUGGAAGAGGCUUUGUAUGUAUGGUAUAAACAAGCAUUGCAAAUGCAUAUAACAAUUACUGGUCCUAUACUUUGUCAGAAAGCCAAGGAUUUUGCUGUAAAGUUAGGCUACAAAGAAUUUAAAGCUACUCAUGGAUGGCUCGAUAGAUUUAAACACAGAAAGAAUAUUGUCCUUGGUCGAGGAAAACCUAACAAAGAUAAGGAUAAUCAAGAAGAUUCAGAAGAUUUAAAAGGGGACUUUACUGGUCAAGUUUUGCCUAGUGCCCUAAUGGAAUUUGAAGCUAAUGACGUUUUCCAUGCGGAUGAAAUAGGACUUCUUUACCGUAUCCUUCCUAAUAAAACUUCCAUUUAUAAAGGUGAUAGAUGUGCUGGUGGGAGUAAAAGUAAGCAUAGAGUAACAGUUCUUAUGUGUACUAAUAUGACAGGGACAGAAAAGUUCCCACUAUUAGUAAUUGGAAAGCAUCCAAAGCCAAAAUGUUUUAAAAAUGUAAAAAGUCUCCCUGUUCAAUAUUUAGCAAACUCUAAAUCCUGGAUGACUACUGAAAGCUUUACUGCAUGGCUUCAUGAUCUAGACUCAUGGUUUGUGCAGCAGAAUAGGAAAGUUUUACUUGUAUUACCAAAUCGUCCUAUUCACCCCAAGGCACCAAAGCUAAAUGCUGUUAGAGUACUUAGUAGUCCACAGACUUUUAUUGGUCCAUGUAAACUUGGCAUUUCUCAUUCGUUAAAGAGAAACUAUAGAAGAGCUGUUUUAGAGACACUGCUAAAUUAUAUGAAAGAAGAGUGUGCAAAAAAAAAGAAAAAAACCAAGCAAUCACAAAUGCAAUUAAAUUUGUUGGCAUGUCUUCACUUACUUGCUGCAGCUUGGCAUGCUGUUACUGAUAUUACAAUAAACAACAGUUUCCAAAGAUCUGGAAUAGGAAAAUAUGCAUUGUGGGGAAUGAAUCUCAUGCCAGAAACAAAUCUAGGAACUGAAAAUUUGGAACUGAUUCAUAAACUAAAAUCUAAAGGUUUUAAAAUUCCAGAUGCGAUUACGUUUGAUGAAUAUGUUAUGUUUGAUGAUGAUGUACAAAUUUGCCACCUAAUGGAUGACGAUGACAUUAUUGCUGCUGUUACGGGUGCUGAUUUAGAGUCUUCAGACAGUGAAGAUGAGGAUGUUGAGGUUGAGAAAGGGAAAGGUGGAAGUAAGGAUAAAGGGGAAUCAGUUGAGAGUGGUGAUACAGAAACUGGUGAAGAGAUUGAAGAUGGUCCAGCUAUGGCAGAGGUAGAUGCUAGUCUUGGCACUCUUCGACAACAUAUUCAAUACCAAGAAGGUGCUCAAGAAAUGUUUAGAGUUUUAGCUCAUCUUGAGUUUCUUAUUCAUAAGGGGACCAGUAGACCUCCAGUUGCAAUAACUUCUGAGGCAACGACUUGAAAUAAUAAUAAUAAUAAUAAUAGGCUGGGGAAUGGUUACAAUGUAAUUCAGUAAUGAUAGUAAAGUUCAAAUGCCAAAUCAAAAGAUUUACAGUAAAUGCAAAUUAUUUGAUUACAAGACAACACUAUUUUCACACUACAUUCAAAAGUGUAAAAAUGAGUUCAGCCAUCAUGAAUGACUUGGAAUUCAAGUGAUGUUUUUGUGUCAUUUUGGUCUGGAUAUUGUAGUAUUUUAUAUUAAUAUGUAUGUAUGGUAUGUAUAUAGUCAAUUUUUUUUUCAUUGGCUGUUAUUCAUUUCUAAAUUAUAACAUUACAGGUUGAAAAUUACAGGGAAUAUAUAAUUCUAGUAUGUUGGUUCAUGUAUGAAUUAUCUUGUACAACUUGAGCUUUACUUCUUUGUUACAUUUUUGUGACAUUUAGUACAUUUGACAUGUGCUACAUUUUUGUGACAACUGCAGUAAAUGCUUUGAGAGUAAGCUUUAUUCUGUUGUCUGCUGAAGGAUUUGUUAGGUUAACGUUUGUGAUUAAUUUUUAUCAUCAAGUUUAGGAAUUUCAUGAUAAAUGUUAUGCAGUGCAUUAUUUUGUCUACUCUAUCAUACUUUAACAUCAAUCAAUACUCUUCAAGCUCAGCUUUUAAUCUCACUUUUCCAUAACCUACAAUUACAAAAGAAAUAAUUUAGGGUUGAAUAGAUCAGAUAAAUUUCUAUAAUUCUUAUUGAAUCUCUCAAGCUUUGAGUUAUUUUUUUUCAAGUAUAAUUUAAUGCCAAACUAAAAAUAUGGCAACUCCAGCCUUUCUUUGACUUUUUCUUCAUAGUUCUGUAUUAGGGCCUUGAAACCUCUCCUUACCGUGAAGCUUAGAUAAAUUUUAAUAGCUGAAAUGGAUUUUAAUAUGAAGCUGAGAUGGACUUAAAUAUACUUGCAGCAGCAGAUUCUAUUGUUCAUAAGAGAAUUUUAGUGACAUUGCAGUUUUUCAUUGUAAGAAAAUUAUGUUGCCAAACACAGAUGCCUGUAAUAAUUUUGGAAAGGAAUUGUAUCUACUUGUCUUCUAACCCCAUGAAAGUGGGAAAUAGGAAAUUGUUAAUGAAGGAAUACACACAGUUUUACUUAUAUUGAAUAUUUAAUAUUAUUUUUUUUUAUAUCACAACUAGAACUACACAAUUAGCAACUUAUUAUUGUUUAUAAUUUUUUGUAUAAAUACAGUACAGUGAAACCUCCAAAAUCUUUAUUAUAUCUUUUCAGAACUGAUGGGAAUGUCUUGAUAUUUGGCCCUAUUAUUUUUUGGCUAGUAUAAAAUAUUUUGGAUAUUUGUUUAUAACCAAUGGUAUAUCACAUCUUUAUGCACAUUUAAACAUAAAUAAUACAUAAAUAAUGAUUUGCUGAUAAUAAUUAGUAAUAAGAUAAAAUUCCAAAGGGUUCUUCCAGAUACACAUAUAUCAAACUAAGGUUACAGAGAGGACUGGGCCAUUAAAACAAUCUGGUAAUCUUAGUUAAUGAAAAAGAAAUAGAAACCAUUAUAUAAAGUCUUUAAUACAGAAGGGCUUAAUUUGCUUGAAGUUAAAUGAUUUUAAAGGCGUAUGCUAAUACUUAGUAAGCUAAUACUGUACUUAUUAGGGAAGCCACUUUCCCCUUCCGAAGGGUAUUGCCAUGUCGUGUGGCUUGUGAAGCUCUUCAUCUUCUGGGUGGGGCAAUUAAAUGGCUUAUGAAACUUCUAGCCAAAGGGUAGAAGCCAAACAGAGUGUAGCCUAUUUUUUUAUUGUUUAAAAUGUUGCCGAGCGUAAAGCAAUGAUAUAGAACGUUGACAUAGUAGGUGCUGACCUUGACUACAUACUUCGGAAUGAAAAUUUUGAACCUUAUGACCUCCCAUUGAAUCUCUCUCUCGCAUUACACACAGAAAUCACAAUAGCAUGAUGCAUCAAAUUAACAAAGUUCUGUGUGCAAUGAAGUAAGGGCGAAGUGGUAGAAUAGCUUGUUGGCAGAGCUCGGGUGCAUGG